AUGGCGCCCCUUGAGAAUGGCCAAACCAAUGGCCUGAAUGGUGAUGCUGUACCCUCAGCUAGCCCAUUGAGCAACCUGCGCUUUUCCGACAUCCCCGAUGCUAUUGAUAUUCCCGCAUCCAGCUUCGACAGCGAAGUCGAGGUCAGCUUGCUUGAGCUCCCCGAUGACCCGACUGAGCUCUGCACCCUCUUGGAGAAUGAAAAAGCGGCCAAGAAUUUUUGGGUGAUCAUUGCGCUCGCCUACGCGAAGCGAAAGCAGAUCGACCAUGCCAUCGACAUCUUGACCAAGGGUCUGGCCUCCGUCGCCCACGGAGCGACAAAGGAGAAACUCGGCCUGCUGGGCUGGAUCUGCUGGAUGCUGCUGCUGAAGAGCCGACACGCUCCUCGAGUCGCACCCGAAGGAGAACUAUACUCAGAAGCCAAGACCAAAGAUCACUACCUCCAACUUGCGACGUCGACGUUGAACGAGGCUUCGCGACUCAACCCGGCCUAUCCUCCUCUCUUCCUGGCGCGUGGUGUCUUGUGUCUCCUCCGUGCAUCGCUAUACCCGCCCCGUGCUGUUCGUCCGGGUGCAAUUGAUACCUCGGAAAGAGUCGAGUCGCUGCGGCAGGCUCUGAAAUGUUUCGACGAGUCAUCCAAGGCUUUCGGUGGCCGGAACAUCAUGGCUAUUCUGGGACGUGCCCGCGCGCAUUACAUGCUAGGAAGAUACGCAGAUGCACUCGAAGGAUACCAGAAGGCUUUGAUCAAGAUGCCCAACCUUACAGACCCUGACCCUCGUAUUGGUCUCGGAUGCUGCUUGUGGCAACUGGGCUUCAAGGAUCAAGCGAAGGUAGCUUGGGAAAGAUCGCUGUCUCUGAAUCCCGAGUCCAAGGUCGCCAACGUCCUGCUCGCAGUCUACUACCUUCACGACAGCUCUCGCCGAGCCACCACCGACCCUAUGUUCGGGUCAAUGUACAAAUUAGCCAUGACUCAAUACACCCAAAAGGCAUUCAAACUGGACAAGGAAUACCCAAUGACCUGCUCCAUGUUCGCCAGCUACUUCCUCCUCCGCAAAUCAUAUCCCACCGUCGAGACAUUGGCACGCAAAGCCAUUGAGCACACAGAUGUUAUGUCUAUUGCCAGUGACGGCUGGUACCUUCUUGGUCGCAAGUCGCACUAUGAAGGCGAUGAUGCCCGUGCUACGGAGUUCUACAACCGUUCGGAUCAAGCCCGCGGUGGUGUCGACAAGGGCUAUCUUCCCGCCAAAUUCGGCGCUGUGCAAAUGCAGAUCACGAACAAGGACUUUGACGGUGCCAAGUUCCGACUAGAGAAGAUUGUUCAGCAAUCAAAGAAUCCGGAAGCGAUGACCCUCCUUGCUGCUAUUCAUGCGGAAGAGGUCUUCGCUGCUCAGAAGUCAGGCAGCAAGGAAGACAAGUCGACCGAGGCAAAGCGAGCCAUUACUCUGCUUGAGUCGGUGCGCUCUAUGUGGAAGGAUGAGAAGCUGAAUAUCUCUCCCGACGAGUCUGUUCUUGUUUAUCUUUCCCGUCUCUACGAGGGCACCGCUCCUGAUAAGAGCAUGCAGUGCCUGACCCAAUUAGAACAGAUCCAAAUUGCUGAGAUUCCGGAGGAUGCUCGACCUGAUAUCGAGGACCAGGAUAAGCUGAACGCUGCUCUUAGGGAGAGUCUCCCACCACAGCUCCUCAACAACAUGGGCUGCUUCCUAUACCAGAACGAGAAGAUCGCUCUGGCUCGUGGCUUGUUCCAGUCUGCACUCAACGCCUGUGUGCAAUCCAAAGAAAAAGAGGAUGGCACCGAUACUGAUGCGCUGGUCACCACAAUCAGCUACAACCUUGGGCGGACUUACGAGGCCGCCGACAUGUGGGAAGAAGCUAAGAAGGUCUACGAAGGUCUUCUGGAGCGACACGCUGAUUACACGGAAGCUAAUGCACGCCUGACAUAUAUUGCCCUGCGCCAGAGCCCUACAGACGAGGGCCCUAAGAAGAUUGGCAAGCUUUACGAAGCGGACAGCACAAAUCUGGAAGUUCGGUCGCUCUACGGAUGGUACCUCAGCAAGGCGAAGAAACGAGUUGCCAACCUUGCUGAAGAUAGCGAGCAACGUCAUUUCAAGCACACGUUGCAGUACUAUGACAAGCACGAUCGCUAUGCUUUGACCGGAAUGGGCAAUGUGCAUCUCCUUGCCGCCCGUGACAUGCGCCGCGACACAGACCAGGAGAAGGAGAAGCGUCGCAAAAUCUACCAGCGUGCUGUGGAGUUCUUCGACAAGGCUCUCCAAUUGGACCCCAAGAACGCAUAUGCGGCCCAGGGUAUCGCGAUCGCCCUAAUUGACGACAAGAAAGACCACAGCUCUGCUGUGCAAAUCUUGUCCAAGAUUCGCGAUACGCUAAAGGACCCAAGUGUCUACCUCAACUUAGGACAUGUCUUUGCUGAGCUCCGUCAGUUCUCACGGUCAAUCGAACACUACGAGGCUGCAUUGUCGAAGGAUCGCCAGCGCGAUGUGCAAAUCUUGGCUUGUCUUGGUCGCGUAUGGUGGCUGCGAGGCAAGCAGGAGGCGAACUUGGCCGCAAUGAAGACAGCACUAGACUACGCUACGCGCGCACGCGAUGUCUCUCCGGACCAACUUCACCUACAGUUCAAUGUUGCUUUCGUGCAGAACCAAAUCGCCUCACUCGCAUACGGUCUGCAGCCUACCCAGAAGACGCUCCAGGAUGUCCAAGAGGCAGCAGAGGGUCUCAAGGAAGCCAUUGAAACCUUCGAGCGUCUUUCCAAGGAGAAGAACCCUCCCUACCCCAGCGCCGCAUUGGAGCAGCGAGCCAACAUGGGUCGCACGAUCAGCAAGCAGCUUGACCGAGCCAUGCAGAGCCAGAAGGAGUACGAAGAGAAGAACGCCGCGAAGCUCCAGCAAGCCCGUGAAGCCCGCGAAGAAGCCGCGCGGAUCCGGGAAGAAGAGCUGCGCAAGGCCCAAGAGGUCGAGAUGGAACGCAAGAAGCGCAUCGCCGAGGAACGCGCGCAGAUGGUCGAAGAGGUGCAACGACAUGCCAUGCAGCGCGCUGAAGACGAGCGCGCUCGCGAGGAUGCCGAAUUGACCAACGACUCCGAGACCGGUGACCGGGUCAAGCGCAAGAAGAAGCCUACGAGCAAGCGCAAGAAGAAGGGCGGAGAUGAUUUCAUCGCAGAUGAAGAUGAAGGCCUUGCUGCACACAGCGCACCCGAAAGCGAGGGCGAGACAGCACCCAAGAAGCGGCGUCGCUUGGAACGCCGAUCGGGCGGGAAGGCUCAGGCUGCCAAGUCUGAGAAGCCUGGCAAGUACAAGAGCAGUGAGAUGGUUGUUGACUCUGAUGAUGAAGAGGCGGCUGGGUCUGCCGGUGAAGACAAGGAUGAUCUGUUUGGUGAUGACGACGAGCCGGCCGAAGAAGCUGCGCCGCGUCGUCGUGGCAAUGCCUCCCGUCGCAUUGCAGAUGAUGACGAGGACGAGGAAGAAGAAGUGGAAGCCGAAGUGCAAGCCGAAAAGUCUGGCAACGAAGACAACGACGACGAACUGUUCGGCGAGGAGCCUUCUAAGCCCAUCGAGGACGCGGAGAUGCAGGAGUGA